UACAGGUACAAGCUGAAAAUGCAAAACCAGCUAUGACCGAACUUUCCUAUCCUCAUCAAAAUAAAAUUUCCUGUUGUAAAAUGCGAGUCAAGGGCCAAGGCAGCUGGAAAAUACAAAAAACGACAUGGUACAGUCAAUAAAAAAAUACUAAUAAAUAACCUAAAUUUUCAUUUUUCAACCCCGUGCUCUUAUGGUCCCUUUCCUUAGCCCUUCUUGUUUCUAGAUCCCCAAUACCUCCAAUAUCAAAUAUAUAUUCUUGAAUCUGGGACUCAAUUGGAUCCCAGCCUGGGCGUUUGAAACUGAGUCUGAUAAGCCAUCAUGUUUCUGUUAGAUUGGUUUUACGGAGUUCUUGCAUCUCUUGGAUUAUGGCAAAAGGAGGCCAAGAUUCUCUUCUUGGGCCUUGAUAAUGCCGGCAAGACCACUCUCCUUCACAUGUUGAAAGAUGAGAGACUGGUACAGCACCAGCCGACCCAGCACCCAACAUCGGAGGAGUUGAGCAUAGGCAAAAUCAAGUUCAAGGCCUUCGAUUUGGGUGGCCAUCAGAUCGCUCGUCGUGUCUGGAAAGAUUACUAUGCUAAGGUGGAUGCAGUGGUUUACCUGGUGGAUGCAUAUGACAAGGAGAGGUUUGCAGAAUCGAAAAAGGAAUUGGACGCCCUUCUUUCGGAUGAGGCCCUUGCCAAUGUUCCUUUUCUCAUUCUUGGCAACAAGAUUGACAUUCCGUAUGCAGCUUCUGAGGAUGAGCUUCGUUAUCAUCUAGGACUUACCAAUUUCACAACUGGCAAGGGGAAGGUGAAUCUUACAGACUCCAAUGUUCGCCCCCUCGAAGUUUUCAUGUGCAGUAUUGUCCGCAAGAUGGGUUAUGGCGAUGGCUUCAAGUGGCUCUCGCAAUACAUCAAAUAGAAUGUGGGAAAACAUCUGGCCUUGUAUUCUUUUGGAGCUUGUCCUGUCAUUUUUGCAGUGUCUUACUACAAUUAGAUUGGAAAUGGAAUUCUUGUUUGUCUUCGAUAGAUUGGUUCGAGGAUUAACAUCAGUAGAAACAUUUGAUUGAUAACUGAAAGCCAUUGUGAAAUUGCUGUUAUUGAAGAACAAAGUUGUUGUGCAACUAUUUUGUGAUGGAUUAUAUCUAUUUUGUGGAUUAAUAAGGUGUGAUCGUGGUUGAACUCGCAA